CCCUCGGAGGAGGUAACGCUGAGGGAAGAGGCGGCGGCCGCACAGCACUCGGGGAGACGGAGAGGAUAAGGAAGGGGAGAGGAGAAAGAAGGAGGGGAAGGAGCGGUGGCUCUUGGCGGAUCCUGGUGGCUCCCGGGAUCUAAGGGGGAAUCUCCGAUUCAUUGCUUGCUGAGUGUCCUGUCUGGUGAAAGUCAUGUCCAUAUUGCCGUUCACUCCACCGGUUGUGAAGAGACUACUGGGGUGGAAAAAAUCUGCUGGUGGCACUGCAGGGGCUGGUGGUGGUGAGCAGAAUGGUCAGGAGGAGAAGUGGUGUGAGAAAGCAGUGAAAAGCUUGGUCAAGAAGCUAAAGAAAACAGGACAGCUGGAUGAGCUGGAGAAGGCAAUUACCACUCAGAAUUGCAAUACAAAAUGUGUAACAAUACCAAGCACUUGCUCUGAAAUUUGGGGACUGAGUACAACAAACACGAUAGAUCAGUGGGAUACAGCAGGCCUUUACAGCUUCUCUGAACAAACCAGGUCUCUCGAUGGCCGUCUGCAGGUGUCUCACCGCAAGGGAUUGCCACAUGUCAUUUACUGCCGCCUGUGGCGCUGGCCAGACCUUCACAGCCACCAUGAACUUAAGGCAAUUGAAAACUGUGAAUAUGCUUUUAAUCUUAAAAAGGAUGAAGUAUGUGUAAACCCUUACCACUACCAGAGAGUGGAGACACCAGUCUUGCCUCCCGUGCUCGUGCCACGGCACACUGAGAUCCUAACGGAGCUGCCCCCUCUGGAUGACUAUACCCAUUCCAUUCCUGAGAACACUAACUUUCCAGCUGGGAUUGAACCACAGAGCAAUUACAUACCAGAAACACCUCCUCCAGGAUAUAUCAGUGAAGAUGGAGAAACAAGUGACCAGCAGCUGAACCAAAGCAUGGAUACAGGGACACCUUCCACUACCCCAUGUUGCUCCCAGCCCUGUCCAGCCUGGCCUUGGACACUUCCAGGAUCUCCAGCAGAGCUGUCUCCUAGUACUCUCUCUCCAGUUAAUCAUAGCCUGGACUUGCAACCAGUUACUUACUCGGAGCCUGCGUUUUGGUGUUCAAUAGCAUAUUAUGAGUUGAAUCAAAGAGUGGGAGAAACCUUCCAUGCGUCUCAGCCUUCCCUGACUGUAGAUGGCUUUACAGAUCCAUCAAAUUCAGAGCGAUUUUGUCUAGGUCUGCUUUCCAAUGUAAACAGAAAUGCUACAGUGGAAAUGACAAGGCGACAUAUAGGCAGGGGAGUGCGUCUGUAUUACAUUGGCGGAGAGGUUUUUGCUGAGUGCCUGAGUGAUAGCGCAAUCUUCGUUCAGAGCCCCAACUGUAAUCAAAGAUACGGCUGGCAUCCUGCAACCGUGUGCAAAAUUCCUCCAGGAUGCAAUCUAAAAAUCUUUAAUAACCAAGAAUUUGCUGCUCUUCUGGCUCAAUCUGUGAAUCAGGGCUUUGAAGCAGUUUAUCAGCUUACUAGAAUGUGUACCAUAAGAAUGAGCUUUGUUAAAGGAUGGGGGGCUGAAUACAGGCGGCAGACGGUAACAAGCACUCCUUGCUGGAUUGAGCUUCACCUGAACGGGCCUCUACAGUGGCUGGACAAAGUAUUGACUCAGAUGGGCUCCCCUUCAGUUCGCUGCUCCAGCAUGUCCUAAAACUCUCCUCUGUCACCAGUGGGCUAAAAAUCGAGUCCAGUCAACAGACUUAAUAUAACAGCUCGUCUGUCGUAGUAUUUGUGUGUGGUCCCAAUGAACUGUUUACUAUCUGAAAAGGUUUUUUAAAAAGGAAAAAAAAAAAAAAAAAGAAAAGAAAAAAAAAAGAAAAGAAAAAACAGCACUUGAGGUCUCAUCAGUUAAAGCACCUUGUGGAUUCUGUUUCCUAUACUCUGAUACUAGAUGAAAAUUUAGUGUAUAGAAAAGCCUUCUUCAGAAAGAAGGGACAGUGCUAAAGACUCUUUAAUGGUGUUUUUUAUUGGGUAUAUAAUUGAGUGUCCUAA